AUGGGCACGGUGCUGUCUCUUUCCCCCGCCUCCUCGGCCAAGGGCCGGAGGCCCGGCGGGCUGCCCGAGGAGAAGAAGAAGGCGCCGCCCGCGGGAGACGAGGCGCUGGGGGGCUACGGGGCGCCGCCAGUAGGCAAGGGCGGCAAAGGCGAGAGCCGGCUCAAGCGGCCGUCCGUGCUCAUCUCGGCGCUCACCUGGAAGCGCCUGGUGGCUGCGUCUGCCAAGAAGAAGAAAGGCAGCAAGAAGGUGACGCCCAAGCCGGCGUCCACCGGCCCCGACCCCCUGGUCCAGCAACGCAACCGCGAGAACCUUCUCCGCAAGGGUCGGGACCCCCCCGACGGCGGCGGCGCCGUCAAGCCCCUGGCGGUGCCCGUGCCCACCGUGCCCGCGGCCGCCGCCACCUGCGAGCCGCCGUCGGGGGGCAGCGCCGUCGCCCCGCCGCCGGGCUCAGGCGGAGGGAAACCGCCGCCGCCGCCCCCAGCCCCGCAGGCGGCGCCGCCGGUACCUGGCGGCUCGCCGCGGCGGGUCAUCGUGCAGGCGUCUACCGGCGAGCUGCUGCGCUGCCUGGGCGACUUUGUGUGCCGACGCUGCUACCGUCUCAAGGAGCUGAGCCCCGGCGAGCUGGUGGGCUGGUUCCGCGGAGUGGACCGCUCGCUGCUGCUGCAGGGCUGGCAAGACCAGGCCUUCAUUACGCCCGCCAACCUGGUGUUCGUGUACCUGCUGUGCCGCGAGUCGUUGCGCGGGGAUGAGCUGGCGUCGGCCGCCGAGCUGCAGGCUGCCUUCCUCACCUGCCUCUACCUCGCCUACUCCUACAUGGGCAAUGAGAUCUCCUACCCGCUCAAGCCCUUCCUCGUGGAGCCCGACAAGGAGCGCUUCUGGCAACGCUGCCUGCGCCUCAUCCAGCGGCUCAGCCCGCAGAUGCUGCGGCUCAACGCCGAUCCCCACUUCUUCACGCAGGUCUUCCAAGACCUCAAAAACGAGGGCGAGGCCGCUGCCGGCGCUGGGGGUCCACCCAGCGGGGGAGCGCCCGCGGCCCCCUCCUCCUCUUCCUCGGCCGCCAGGGACAGCUGCGCGACUGGAGCCAAGCACUGGACUAUGAACCUGGACCGCUAG